UGGUUCUGAUUACGUCGUUGCGGAAGUUGGUGCGUGUUUACUGAAAAACGUAUUUUAUGUGAUUAUUCGUUACAAAAAGAAGCUUUAAUAUGUAUUCCUUAACCGAAGGAGCUAUUCAGAAAAUUAUGAAUGGCGUGGAUGUUGAUAAACCGAUUAUUCAAUUUUUGGGACACAAAAAGCUUUCGAGUUCAACCAACACAGAGCGAUAUCGGCUUUUGAUUUCUGAUGGAGUUCAGAUAAAUUCAUUUACAAUGCUUGCUACCCAAUUGAAUAACCUCAUCACAGAAAAUAAGAUGACAGAAUUCUCAAUCUGUCAGAUUUCCAGAUAUACAAUCAGCAAGGUUAACAACAACGGGCAACAAAAGGGUGUGAUGGUCAUAUUGGGUAUCGAAGUAAUAGUUCCGGGUAGUGAAGUUCAAAAGCAGAUUGGAAAUCCAACUCAAUAUGAGGCUGGUGCUUCCUCAAAACCCGAGGCUGUAAAAACUGAAAAAAUAAUUCCUCCAUCAAGUUCAUCAUUAACUUCUGGUAAAGCGUCUUCAAAUUCGAUGAAUACUACCGUCAACGGAAGCCAGAUCAUCACGGUUCCAAUAAUCAGCCUCAGCCCUUAUCAAAACAGAUGGACUAUCAAAGUGAGAGUUUCAAACAAGUCGGACAUUAGACACUGGAACAACUCUCGUGGCGAAGGAAAACUUUUUUCAAUGGAUUUGGUAGAUGAAUCCGGAGAAAUCAGAUGCACAGCUUUCAAAAACGAGUGCGACAAAUUUUACGAAAUGAUCGAGAUCGGAAAGGUUUAUUAUAUAUCCCGUGCUCAAUUGAAACCAGCGAAUAAGCAGUUUAAUAAUUUGAAGAAUGAUUACGAAAUGACCUUAUCAGCUGAUUCAGAAGUGGUGCCCUGCCACGAGGAAAUGACCGACAUCCCAAUGAUCAAGUAUGAUUUCAUUCCGAUAUCGAGCAUUGAACAAAAGAACAAGGAUGAAAUAAUUGAUAUUUUGGGAAUCGUCAAAACUGCUAACGAUGUGCAGGAGUUGACGUCGAGAGCAACGCAAAGACAGUUGAAAAAGAGAGACAUCAGUAUUGUCGAUGAAAGUAGUACGGCUGUUACUCUCACUUUGUGGGGUACCCAAGCUGAACAAUUCGAUGGAUCCAACAAUCCCGUAUUGGCGAUUAAAGGAGCGCGAAUUGGAGAAUUUAAUGGAGCAAAGAAUCUUUCGACUAUCAGCUCUACAGUUCUGCAAAUUGAUCCUGAUCUUCCUGAAGCUCACAAAUUGAGUGGAUGGUACAACACGAUUGGACAAAAGGAGGAAAUGAAGCAGCUUUCGAAAUCAAGUGGUGGAGAUAUGAACGCACCUUGGCUGACAAUUAAAGAAGCCAAAGAUUUACAAUUUGGACAUCCAGGACAGCCUCAUACUUUCAUGACUAAGGCAACUAUCAGUUUGGUUAGAGCUGCAAACUGCAUUUACAAAGCAUGUCCCAACGAAGGCUGCAAGAAAAAGGUCAUCGAUCAAGAUAACGGAAUGUACAAUUGUGAAAAGUGUCAGACUGAAUAUCCGAACUUCAAAUAUCGCUUGCUGGCAAGCACGAAUUUCGUGGAUUGGUCAGGUAAUCAAUGGGCGACUGCUUUCAACGAUGAGGCCGAAAAAAUGCUGUCAUGGACAGCACAAGAAUUGGGUGAACUAAAGGAUAAUGACCCCAACGAAUUUCAGAGGAGGCUCUCCGACUGUGCCUACAAAUCUUUCAUGGUGAAAAUCCGCGUCAGGCAGGAAACGUAUAUGGAUGAAACGAGACUAAAAGCCGUGAUUGUCAGUGUUACUCCAAUUGAUUACAUUGCGUACAGCGCACAUCUGAUAAAGAAAUUAAAGGAAAUUGCCGACAUUGGUAAAGCGUAAAGCAUCCAAAUAAGCGAUUAUUGUACAUGGUUUAUUUUUUAUCGGAGUUUUACUCAUUCAGGCUCUAACAAUGAAAACAUAUUCAGUAUUAUUUCAUUAGUUGGGAAUCUAGAAUGAUGAAGGUUACUAGGAUGUCUCUGAUUUAAUAUCAUAUAGUUGGAUUUAAUGUUUCUUGGACCAUUUUUUUGUUUUUGAUAGAGAAAAAAUUUUUCUUUCCACCGAUGCUCUAAUUAUCGAUUACUUUUAAAGCGUUAUAAUAAGGAUAAUUUAGUGUUAUUUAUAUUUCGUACUGAAUAAA